ACCUUGACUGGUAAAACCAUCACCUUGGAAGUUGAAUCUUCCGACACUAUUGACAAUGUCAAAUCCAAGAUUCAAGACAAAGAAGGUAUUCCACCAGAUCAACAAAGAUUGAUUUUCGCUGGUAAGCAAUUAGAAGACGGUAGAACCUUGUCUGACUACAACAUUCAAAAAGAAUCCACCUUGCACUUGGUCUUAAGAUUGAGAGGUGGUUAUUAA